CAAAGUAUGAAGUCUGAUGUUGUAGGAGUAUAUAAAUACAGCAAGUAGAAACUACUAAACAAUUUCUUCCUCUUUAUGAUAUCUUCUGGGUUAUUACAGAAUGACAGACAGAAGUUGGCUUGUUAAUUGUAGGGGGAUUGCCAAGAAGAUUAGACAUGCAACUUCACCUUCAGUUGUGAAGAUCAAAGACUAUGGAGCUAAGCUUGAAUGCCCCAAUUGCCAUACUUUGAUUGACAAUAGUGAUAUUUCUUGUGAAUGGCCCGGACUACCAGCUGGUGUCAAAUUUGAUCCUUCUGAUGCAGAGCUGCUCGAACAUCUGGCAGCGAAAUGUGGUGUAGAGGAAACAAACCCCCAUGAUUUCAUCGAUGAAUUCAUCCCGACACUCGAGAGGGACAAAGGGAUUUGCUACACUCAUCCUAAAGAUCUUCCAGGAGCUACAAAAGAUGGAACUAGUAUCCAUUUUUUCCACAAAACAUCAAAUGCAUUUGCUUCUGGCCAAAGAAAACGCCGCAAGAUCCAAAACGACGAAAACCAGGAAAGUGUACGCUGGCACAAGACCGGAAAAACAAAACCUAUAUUUGACAAUGGAAUUCAGAAGGGCUGCAAAAAGAUUAUGGUUCUUUACAAAGCUUCGCAAAAAGGGUCUAAACCCGUUAAGUCAAAUUGGGUGAUGCAUCAGUAUCAUCUAGGCACCGAAGAUAAUGAGAAGGAAGAUGAAUUCGUUGUUUCCAAAAUAUUCUAUCAAAAAGAGAAGCAUAGGGAAGUAAAUGAUAAUAGUAUAGCCAUUGCUGAAGACCCGAAAGCUGUAUCAAUCCCAAACACUCCCAAUACUGUUACACCGAACCCUCCUAGAGAAAGUUCAGUCCAGUAUGAUGAUGUUUUGGAUGAUUCAGUUGCUGUCGUAGAGGAUGUGAAGAAUGAAAAUACAACAUUAUGUUAUCCUCCAACCAGUUCACAGUACAAGGGAGGAGAUGUCGAGUGUCCUGAAUGCCCUGCAGGGGAGUCUCAGGCUCAGGAUGUCGACCUGAACGACAUUGAAAACUCGCUGCUAUGCAGGGAAAUAUUUAGUUCGUGUGCUCCUCUCGACAAUAGCAUCGUCGGUUGCCUGAAUGACUUGCACGAUGAAGCCUAUAAUGGAUCGUAUGGCGUAAGCAUCCUUGACGCCAUACAUUUGGACUCACCUCCUGAUUUUCCCCUCACAGUAAGUUACUUCUAUUUCAUCCUAUUGCACUACGUCUAUUCUUUUACCAAAAGUGCUUGUGACACAAUGGAUAGAGCAUCUGCAUGAGAGCAGAAGGUUUGGGGUUUGACCCCUACAGAGCGCAGGUAUCAGUUGGGGAUUUCUUGAUUCCCAAUUUUGCGAGGACGCUCCUAGACAAAUAACUCGAGAUCCAUUGAUUUCAGGGGAUUCCUAAGGGAUUUCAGUCGGAUUCUUGCAUUCACCAAUGUAUCGAUGCAGAUUCUUUUGAGCACCAGUUUGUGUGAGGACCUAAAUAUUGUUGAAGUGUACGGAUGAAUCCCUUUUCGUACUUGUAUUUUAUGCUUCAACAUGUUUAGCAAAAGAAUAUACAAACAUUUCUAUUGUUGUCUGUAUGAUUCUGAAUCCUGGAUUUGAGUUGUAGUAUGUAUAUACGUAUAUUAUGCUUGGAUUAGUAUGGUUAUGAGAAUUCGAAUACAUUCUGUAAUAUACAUGCUCAUGCAUGUCAUUUCUCUUGUAGUUCA